GUUGGACAGGCAGCGGCGCGCCACCAACAUCCGCGCCGUGUCGAGGCGAGAGAGCAGCCACAGUCAGUCCGGCGCCGACAACCGCCACGCGAACACGUAUUCUCCAAAUAAUGGCCGCCGCCCACACGCACCCGGCCCCCGCGCCCUCAGACCGUCGCUCAGAGGGCCGUGCCGGUUCCCGCCGUAUAUUCCCACCACAAUUUAAGCUGCAAGUUCUCGAAGCGUACAGGCGUGACGCUCAAUGUCGCGGAAAUCAACGAGCUACAGCAAGAAAAUUCGGAAUACAUCGUCGUCAAAUCCAAAAGUGGCUUCAAGCGGAACCUGCACUUCGAGCAGCACUUCUGAGGCGAGCGCCGCAACCAGCGCCGUCGCCACCGCCUUACGCAGCUGGAUCUCCAGAGAGCGCACGGCUGCCUUCGCCGCCACCAGUGACAGUAGCCACACCGGUGCAAGUGCCCACACCUUUACCAGUACCAGUGCCCGUUCCUGUGCCUAUGCAAAUUUCUGAGCCCAUCGACCUGUCAGUACGUCGACCUACACCACCACCUGCGCCUCAACCGGCCUAUGUGCCACCUACGGCACCUUGUCCGACACGCAAGCCUUUCAAACUAUUCCGGCCGUAUCUACUUGAAGACGAAGAAGAAAAGCGACCAUCGCUGGCAUCGCUGCCUGUGUCUAGCGGCGUUCAUGUGUCAGCGUUUGUACCGGUGCAAAGCGCGGCGGGUUGCGCGCUCGCUGCGUGCUCCGCCCCGCGAUGGUGCUCACCUAUUCCCUCCUUCCCGGCUCCACUCAGAUGAGAGUGUGCCGUCGGAGCCCUGCUCCGUAACUCCUGUGAUCUAGUCGCUGACGCCCGCCUGGCGCCGCCUGGGGCGUAGCCCUUUAUCAUCGUGCCUUAAUGUUCACGCCGCCAUAGUGCAUUAUGCCGUCAUCACCCGAUGACAGAUAUUUUGUGUAUAAAGUUUAAGAUUGUAUUUUUAUAUGUGGGGUUUAUGAAGCUUACCUACAUUUAUAAAGAAUAUAAAUAUUAUAACGUCUAUUAUUAUUAUUAUUGAAUAAAUAAAGAGGAUUGUUUACUAAAA